AGAACCUGGACAUUCUGUUUGACUGACUGUUGUAGUCCACGUCUUUGUGACCUGGAGACAUCUUAGCAUUUUCAGCAGCCUUUGUUUUUGGGGUUUUUUUUCAAAACAAAUCAAGGCCAUGGGACACGAGGAAAGCCACGGCGAGGAGAUGGAUUUAGCACAGAUUCAGGAGCUGUGCAUAAUUUUCAUGAAGGAGUGUCCAAGCGGCGCAUUGCAUUUACAUGAGUUUAAGAGGAUCUUCGGAGUGCCGAGCACCUCUGCGGAGGAGUCUCUCUUCAUUGAGACAAUCUUCCACUCAUUUGACACCAAUCAGGACAAUGCUCUCGAUUUCCUGGAGUAUGUUGCAGCGCUUCAUUUGAUCUUACGAGGGGACCUUGAGGACAGGCUCAAGUGGUCUUUCAAGAUGUAUGACAAGGAUGGGAAUGGCAAAUUAGACCGGCAAGAGGUGAAACGGCUAAUAAGGAUUCUCUACAAAAUCAAGAGCCAGACAAUCGAUAUGGAUUUGACACCGUCCGAAGUAUGUGACAGAAUUUUUGAACUGGUUGACCAGAAUAACGAUGGUCAGAUAUCCUUAGCAGAGUUCAUGGAGGGAGCUCAGAAGGAUGAAUGGGUAAUGAACCUCUUCAAGGUGAAUGUCAACGCUGCUAGCUGGGUCAUCCAAAAUUGUGGAAAACUUCCGUGAUCUGAGCGAGAGGAUCCUCAGCUUUGGUUCAAGAGAGACAUUCAUUCAUCCAUCUUCCGAGCCGCUUGAUCCUCACUAGGGUCGCGGGGGGUGCUGGAGCCUAUCCCAGCUGUCUCCGGGCAGUAGGCGGGGGACACCCUGAUCGGUUGCCAGCCAAUCGCAGGGCACACAGAGACGAACAACCAUUCGCACUCACACCUAGGGACAAUUCAGAGUGUUCAAUCAGCCUGCCACGCAUGUUUUUGGAAUGUGGGAGGAAACCGGAGCACCCGGAGAAAACCCACGCAGGCCCGGGGAGAACAUGCAAACUCCACACAGGGAGGCCGGAGCUGGAAUCGAACCCGGUACCUCUGCACUGUGAAGCCGACGUGCUAACCACUGGACUACCGGGCUGCCCUAGAUUGGAAACCAAAUGCUUAAAUUUGAGAAUUAGAGUGAAAGUUGUAAUAAUUUGUGAUUUGUGUGGCUUGUCUUGUGUCACUCAAAACAAUAAAAACUCUGAAAGUAUGCAGAAAAUACUUCGCUCAUUGUUCUUCAGAAAUGGUAUUAUUAAAGAGCAAAUGUAAGUACAUUUCAAAUUUGCUCGGCCCAUUAUCUAGUUGAAUCAUUUCAUUUCUUGUUCCUUUUAAAUAAUGCGCUUGCACGUACGGCAAAAUACAAGUUCCAAUUAUUCCACCUUUGGUAUUUGUGUGCAAAGCUUUGUUGUAUGGCAGCUAAGCAUCGUUGCGGACACAAUGGAUGUUUAUCUGAAAUGUUUUGAUGAGAUGGACAAAUGAAUCAAAUCCCAUUAUUAUUUCAGCUUUUGACAAAUAUUCUACAAUUCUUUCAUAAACCGUAAAGUGAUGCUGAGAGAGGAUUGAAAUAAACAUAGAACAUUAUGCUGGUUAAUUGGAUAAAUCAUUUGUGAUCUCCUUUACAAAUGGUUAAAAUACAACAGUAUGAGUUCUUGCCACUGAAUAGUUGUGCAAACAGCACACCGAGACCAAUAGUCAGUGUAAAAUUCAACUGAUUUUUUUGUCAAACUAACUCCCUCUGUAAGGGUGGACAGAACAGACAAGCGGGAUACAAACUUGACUUUCUUUUCCUUCUGUUUAUUGCCCACAUGCACGCAUUAACAUUUAUACUACCGUCCAGACUGGCUCACUUUUUAGGUAGCAAUAGCAAUAAUCACAGUAGUAAUACAACAGGUAGUAGCAGUAGUUGUAAUAGUAGCUCACAAACCAUGAAGGUGGCCCGGUCCUGACAAUCACCAACUAAACAAAACUAAAUGCGAAUGGACAU